CUUCAUCUCUCAUACAUCUCAACACAAUAUGAUAUGUCAAAGCAUUCAACAACGCGUCCAUACCGACUGUAUCCAGCGUACUGCUUCCAGUCCUCGCCUACUUAUGAUGCCUGGGUGAAGCUCACGGCUGCUGAUAUCCAUGCGCUCAGAUCCGAGCCGGAUUUCCGAGGACAGAACAUAUACUUCUACCUGAAUCACCCCAUACGCUACGUGCGUGUCGUCGGCGUCGUUGUAGCCAUCGAUGACAUCAAUUUCAGAUACACCGCCCUUACGCUGGACGAUGGAAGUGGCACGACUGUCGAGCUGAAGAUUGUAAGGAUCGGUCCAGAUGAACAAGCCUUCAAGAAAAAUUCCUCCAACACCACGAUCAGCAACGUCAAUGUUGUGAGCCACGUUGGUAUCUUCGAGGUCACAGUCGAUGAUCACAGUCUGGACAUUGGCACGGUUCUCAAAGCCAAAGGAACGAUUUCCGAGUUCCGUGGAAUGAAGCAGAUGGAGCUGAAAAGAGUUCAGGUCGUUUCCUCGACGAACGAGGAGUUGCAAGCUUGGGCCGAGACCGCGGCUUUCAAAACCGCCAUCUUGUCAAUUCCCUGGCGUAUCACUUCCGCCCAGCAUAGCGAGAUCAAGAGCAAGAUCAAAGCAGACAAGAAGAUGGCGAAGGAGUACGACAAACGCCUACGAGAGUAUCAAGCGAAGAAAGCCGAGCACGAUGCGCAGAAAGAGGCGAAGCGCGAGGCCCGGCGACGCAAAGAAGAGGCGAUGAUGAAUGCAGGGGCUCUAAUCUGAUUACGAUACGGCGAAGGCACAUUACCUGGCUUGGACUUGGGUUCCAGGCUCCGCGCUCAUCACAACGCACACAUUGUAUUUGUGUGAAGCCGUUGCAGGAAUGCUCCAACCCUAAGGCGUCCUUUGACCC